CCCAAGAUCCAUGGUGCCAUGGCUCUGGUGGCCCUUGGUGGUGAGUUCAGGCAGCCCCACGCCGUGCUUGGCGAAGCGGCGUUUUCCGGAUGCGCGCGAGCUGUCGCACCAGACUUUGAUCUCGGGGCUGACGUCUUCAAAGUUCAAACAGGAUAUCAUUGACCUCUUCCGAAGCGAUAGAUAUGCGCAGACCACUGCGCUGGACAUUGGUGCUGGCUCAGGCACCACCACAGCAGCCUUGGCAGUGAACUUCGGCACGGUGGUGGCCACCGAGGUCUUCUGGGAAAUUGACAAACCAUGGGGUGAAGUUGACCUGACUUCCACGGACUUUUCCAAGCGCCAGUUUGGAUUCCACUUGGAUCCCCGAAGACUCUUCAAGCGUGAUGGCAGCAGCUUCAACAACAUUGUGAAACUUCACAUGGAUGCCAAGCUGCCCUUUGGCCUGAGCGUUUUGGUGGAGCAAAACAUCUCUGCUGCGGUCAUUGAUGCGCAGCACGACUUCUUCAGCGUGGUCGGCGAGACCAUGUCGGUGCUUCGGCACAUCGCCUGCUGUGUGGAGACCAUCGUCUAUCACGACUACUGCAACUACAAUGUCUAUGGUGCCAUCCAAUUCUUCGUGGAUGCUGGCCUGUUAGCCAUCCGAAAACACAUGGGCUUGUCCACGUUUAAGGACCUGAAGUGCGUGGGCAGCUCUCUGCCCGAAGGCGUCGCCAUGCGGGUCUUGCGACACAGCGCCGGCUUUUGGUCGCGACUAGAGACCUUGUAUGGGCAAUAUGUGUCGAAUCCGCUGUAUCCCGAUCCGAAAGCCCGGGAGCGUUCGAUUUCGGCUCAGCUGCUCAAUGCCACGCGCUGGCUGCUGAUUGAUGGGCAGAAACUGGGGCUUCGUCCGCAGCAGCCCCGGGCCAUUCUGACGAUGGGCUUUGCACCUGCCAGUAGUGUGCUGGAGGAGAUCCCUGGCAACCCGCUGAAGGAUGCUUCCUGGGGGAACGCCUCGGAGGAACCCCUGCUGCGGCGGACCGAGCGCCUGGGGUCGGUGGAUGUCUUCCAGAGCGAGAUGCGCAGCGCGCGGAAACUGCCGCUGCUGAAAAUUCCCAUCCUCGAGAACGAGAAGGUGGUUGGCAAAGUGUGGCUGGAAAUUGAUCGAGAGAUGAACCUGCUGACCAUGGAGUUUGAAGACGGAAGGGCCUUAAUGGGUUUCAGUUUCCACUGGUCUACGCAGCUGCUACGCCUCAUUGAUAAUUUCCUCCACCUGGAUGCUGCGUUGAGCCGCCACACGGGCGUGUGGAUACCACCGGGCUCCAAUGCCGUGGCCAUGCUGCCACACUGCAGCGGGGAGGAUUAUGUCAAAGCUUUCUGGUGGGAGGGUGUUGCAUUCUCCAGCAGUGAGAUCUGGCUCCCGGAGAUCCUUGGAAAGCUGGAGGACAGCAGCCGGGUGGCCGCCACGCUGCGGCCGGCGCCCUACUACAUGAUGACGGAGGAGAAGUGCGAGGUGUCGCCGGACAUCCCGCUGCUGCACGACCCCAGCCGCUGCCUGGAAGAGGGCGCCUGGGAUAUCAUCACCAUGAUCAGCGACCUGGAAAAUGUGACUUCUAUCGGUUCCAUCCAGGGGCGCAUUAUGGAAAGCCCUGGCAACGACACGUUUCGCUUAGAGUUUGACAAGGAGGGAAAGGUCACCAGCAAGAAGUAUGGCAAGGUCAUUUUGAGCCCGAAGCAGGGUGGCGGCAUCACGGUAACACCUAAGACUUCAGAUGUGGUGGUGGUCUCUCCCCAAGCCGGCAAUUGCUUCGACAUGGCCGACAUGAUUCCUCCAGUGCGGGGGAAUGCCUAUGUCUUGGUGGUGCCGAUCAAUCCGCUAUAUGCGCCGCCCACGCGGGUGAUCCCAAACUACGAGAAGAUCCGCUUCGAGCUUCACUUCGUAGCUGAAGAGAUGACCGACAAACACAAGCUGCAACGCUUGCUGUUCUUGACGCAUUGCUCCCUGCAGAGCACCGUGGAUCUCCUCAGCGAUCGCUACGUCCUUCUCUUCGUGCACGGCGCAAGGGCCAUCUUCGUGGAGAAGUCCAUAGCCCAUCGCUUCUGCGAUCCCUUGGACCUCAAUGGGGCCUGCAGCUCCAUUGAAGAGAUCUGGCGUCGGGGUGCUGGAUGCGUGUCCAGCACGCUGCACCUGAUGAAGUCCGGAGUGAACAUCCUGGAGGAGGCCGAGUCGCUGGGAGAUGCGGAGUGGCCCUGCAGCGACUACAUGUCCUUGGACUUGCCGCAGAUGCCAGCGGAUCAGUUGGUCAAGAAGCUCCCGCCCGAAAAGAGGCACCUCUACGAGAAGCCGACCUGUCAAAGCCCCCGGGCCAUGCAACAUAAGGUCCCCGAUCCUGCCAACUGGCCACACAUCCCAGGGCGUCAACAUGCCAUCGACAAUCGCGGUCACUGUUUGCUGGAACAAGGCUUCUGUGAGUGCUUUCCUCCCUGGCGGGGAGCCAUUUGCAACCGGCCGGAACUAGGCCUCCGCGACGCGAACGACCUGGCGGAAGGCAUUGACGGUGGCACAGUGAUCGUGACGAUGGCCUCCCAGCAUCGGCUGCACGAGCUGCACUUCGUGCUGUCGAACUGGUGGGAGAAGUUCAAUUCUCGCUUUGAUCAUCCAGUUCUGAUCUUUCACCAAGGUCUAUCUCCGCGACAGGUCGCCGAGAUCCGUCGCUCCUCGGAGAAUCGCGUGUGGUUCGCGGACGUGGAUCGCUACUUCCAGAAGCCUGGGAGACUACCGACAGGGCCUGGCAGAUUGAUCCAGGCCACGGUCUCUGAGAGCUAUCGUCUGAUGUGUCGAUUCAAGGCCACCUUUGUCCUAGAUCAACCUGCACUGCAAGGCUUUGAUUGGAUGCUAUGGCUGGACUCGGAUUCUUAUUUCACGGGUGAAGUCGAAGAAGAUUUUGCCAUUACCAUGCAACGUCAAAACGCCAUCUUCGGGUACACCCACGUGGGACGAGAGGACGCACCGGUGAUCAAAAACUUGUUCGACAUUGCGCUGCUGUUUGAGGCGGCGGAACUGGGUGGAAGCAAAGACCGACCACCUGCGGCGAUGGCCCAAGAUGAAGGUGGCGUGCUGAACAGCGACAGGGCCUUUGAGGAAGGCUUUAGCGAGACGUCGCAGAACACCUACUUUGAGCGGAUCCUUUCCGUGAACUCAGCCUUGGAGCGCGGGCAUGUGUUGCCCUUUGGUGCGCCAGCCUGGAAGGGCCACGUGCCCUUGACGGACAUGAUGAUUCUGCACAUCAACAGCUUCCGCACAGACGCUCUGCGGAGGUUUACGGACUGGAUUGACUCCUGGGGCGGCUGGUGGCUCUACCGCUGGGGCGAUGCUGCUAUCCGGGCAGUGCAGUUGUGGGUGAUGCUGGAGGCCAAAGAGUGCUAUGAGUUUGAUAGCUUGCCUUAUGUACAUCAGCACUUCUGCCGCUGCCCCAAAGAGGUGAACGCGCCCUGUACCUUUUUGGGACGAGGGGCUAAGAUCUUUCGCUGGAGCUGCGGAGCUGAGCAAGAGACUGAAGAAACAAUGGCGGCAGCUCCUGCAAUCUUUGAUAACCUUUGGUCAUUUUGA